CAGAGAGACUGAGUGAUGAAGAAAUGUCUCUAAAUGCACCGGGAUGGUCUUUCCUGGCUUCUCAGUUUUGCUGUCUUUUGUUAUUCAAAAUCUGUUUUCUACAGACCCUGGAAAUUGCAGGUGUGGGGGCCUGGUAACGGCUGCUGUUGUCUCCUGGAAAUGACCGCUGCCUGCAGUGGACAUGGGGAAGAAGCUGGUGAUGGCCCAGAAGCGGGGAGAGACUCGAGCUCUUUGCCUGGGUGUGGCCAUGGUGGUGUGUGCUGUCAUUGCCUACUAUAUCCUGGGCACGACCAUGCUGCCCCUCUACCAGAAAAGCGUGUGGACCCAGGAAUCCACGUGCCACCUGAUUGAGACCAACAUCAGGGACCAAGAGGAGCUGGAGGGCAAAAAGGUGCCCCAGUACCCAUGCCUGUGGGUCAAUGUGUCAGCUGUGGGCCGGUGGGCUGUGCUGUACCACACGGAGGACACUCGUGACCAGAACCAGCAGUGCUCCUACAUCCCACGCAGCCUGGAAAACUACCAGGUGGCCCGGGCCGAUGUGGAGAAGGUCAGAACGAACUUCCACGAGCAUCGGAUUUUCUACUGCUUCUCAACGACUCGGGAGAAUGAGACCACUGUCCUGUACCGGCGCCUCUAUGGACCCCAGACCCUGCUCUUCUCUCUCUUCUGGCCCACCUUCCUGCUGACCGGUGGCCUCCUCAUUAUCGCCAUGGUGAAGAUCAACCAGUCCCUUUCCAUCCUGGCGGCUCAGAAGUAGACCUAUCCAUGCCACAGCAUGCUCGGCCGGAGGGGACUGGGUGGGCCCCCAGGCCUCUCCCUACUCAUGUAUCCAUGUCUCCUCCCCCUGCCUUCUCACUAUUAGGGCUCUUAUCCAUCCCACCCUCCGCUACGUGGGUGGGCCUUGGGAAAUCCCUUUGUUAACUCAUUCCUGAUAGGAUGGGAUAUGGAAUGUGCAACAGCCCCCUGGUGCUUCAGAGAGCUCCAGGCCAGCUGGUAACAGCUUCCCAUCGCCUGUCCCCACUCAACUGGCUCAAACCCACUUUCUACUGCGCCACGGACCCCGCCCCACAGACAACAAUGAUGCUUAUCUCUG